AUGAUUGUACCAAACAAGACAAAAAUGGCCGAUCUGGUCAACUACAGGCUCCGGGUGACGACUGUGGAUGGCAAGCAGAUGGUGGGACAGAUGCUGGCGUUCGACCGGUACAUGAAUCUUGUUCUAAGUGACUGCGAGGAGUUCCGGGCAACGAAAAAGUCGCUGCUGGAGGCAAAAAAGACUAUCCAGAUCGAGAAUGGCGACGCUUCUUCCGUGUCCAUCACUGAGGAGAAACGGACUUUGGGGUUGGUCAUUCUACGAGGCGAGACUGUGGUUUCUGUGUCUGUCGAGGCUCCUCCUCCCACAGAUCCUACAGCUCGACUGGGCAACACCGCUCUGACACCCGGAUCCGGGUCUGCCAAGGGCAUCAACCGGGCCAUCCCCACAGGUCCCAGAGGAGCUGGAGGACCGGGAUUGGGAGGUCCCGUGCGAAGUGCGCCUGGAGGAAGAGCUCCUCCCGGGUUCCAGGCUCCUCCUGGAUUUGGACGGGCGUAG